AUGGCAAUUUUGAACAACAUAAGACCACUUCUAGUGGGUGCUAGAAUAUUUGGUUGUACUCCUCACCGAAUAACAGAUCGCGAAUUGAUAAUCACUAAUUUUGGUCUUGUUUAUUCACUUUUUAUUGCCGUGAUUAUUGGAUGCAUUUGUAUUUUUGAUUUUUAUAUAAAUGUCUAUCAUACAAUUGAAUUCAAAAUGCGAUUACUUAUUUUUCUGCGCAGUUGUCUUUAUUACAUCAGUAUACUUACUGACGGUGUUAUUACCACGAUUUGGAACGGCUUUUUGAACAUAAUAGUAUCUCGUAUUUACAAUUUUGAUUAUGCAACAAAGUACAACCAAAACAGCAAUUAUAAAAUGAUAAACACCUGUAAAUUUAUAAUUAUUACUGUUCUGGUAUACUGGACCGCUGUUGGUUAUUUUACCUACUUGUGCGAAAAAAGUGAUUUCAUUUUCAAUGCUGUUGCUUACUCUGUUGUUAAUGUUACAAUGUCAAUGCAAAUUAUAAAAUUUAUUGGAUUGUUGCUGCUACUAUACCAACGAUUCAAUUAUUUAGAUCAAAUGGUUCUACAAAGUGACGUUAAAAGAGGACUUACUGUAAUCGUAUACCCUGAACGAGGUAACAUGAAUCUUCAAGAGAUCUGUUGGCUUCAUUAUCUCCUAGUGACAGCGUCGGAGGAAAUCAACAGCGUUUAUUCUACCCAAUUAUUUUUCUGGAUAACAAUAAGUUUUUUGAACGGACUCUCGAGAAUUUAUACUCUAACAACAAUGAAAGCUGAACAAAAGUUAUACCUCGUAAUUCGAGACUCUUUCUCUGUGGUUGCUUGCGCUGUUAAUUUAUUCGCUAUUUCUGCAUUCAGCCACUUCACAGCCGCUCGUGCUAAUAAUAUCAGAAAAUCAACUUUUGCUCCUCAAGCUUCAAUUAGAAUGAAAAAAAAUUUUGAUAACUUUGAAGUAAUCGCGUAUUUUUACCUCAAGAAAUUACGCUUCACGGCUGCUGCAGGAUUGAUUCGAGUUGAUCUACCUCUUUUGCUAUCGAUUAUUGGAGCCAUAACGACAUAUCUCGUUAUUCUUCAU